CUAUAAAAAUGGCAGCAGUUGCAACGCUCUAGGGAAAUUUCAGGAUUUCGUUCUUUCAAGGAAAGUUUGCAAAAACAAGUUACCAAACGGGGAAAAAUGGCGGAAAUUGAAGUGAAAGAACAAGCAGAAAUGGUUCAAGAUAAUGACAAAAAGCUCAAGUAUUUAGAUUUCGUUCAAGCGGCGGCGAUUUACGUUUUAAUAUGUUUCUCAGCCAUAUAUGACUAUGCAAAGGAAAACUCGGGCCCUCUAAAGCUGGGUGUCCAGACCGUCGAAGGCACCGUCAAAACGGUUAUCGGACCGGUAUAUGAGAAGUUCCGCGACGUUCCUUUUGAACUUCUCAAAUUCGUCGAUCUCAAGGUCGACCACUCGCUCAGUGAACUAGAUAGGCACGUGCCGUCGCUGGUUAAGCAGGCUUCUAGCCAAGCUCGAGCCGUGGCUUGGGAAGUUCGUCGCGCAGGUAUGGUGGACGCAGCGAAGAGCAUUGCGAAGACGAUGUAUACAAAGUAUGAGCCAACGGCUAAGGAACUGUAUUGCAAGUAUGAGCCGGUGGCUGAGCGAUACGCUGUGUCGGCCUGGCAUGCAUUGAAUCUGCUUCCUCUAUUUCCUCGAGCUGCAGAGGUCGCAGUCCCCACUGCUGCUUACUGGUCUGAGAAAUACAAUCUGGUGGUUUCUCAAACAGCGGAGAGAGGAUACACAGCGGCGUCGUAUCUGCCAUUGAUCCCAAUUGAGAAGAUUGCUAAGGUGUUUCAGGAGGACGAUAACGGGCCCACCGUCUCUGCCAGUGAAGAAGUUGUCACGGCGCAAUGAUUUAUAUGUGUAUAUAAAUUGCUAUGCUUUUGCUUAAAAGGCUUGAAGAUUUUAUCGAGGGACGAAAGAUGAGUGGAUUUUUUUUAAUACACUUAUCUUUAUUUGGAUAGGAAUUAUUAUUUUAAAUAAUUUCGAACUUUUUGUGUUUAUUA